CAACGAUGCACCCGACUUUUUCAAGCCAUCGACAAAAAAUUCAUCCGAAAAUAAGGACCAAAUCCCAACAUUGUCCCAUUCAGUUCAUCUGCUCAAAAAAGACAUGGAGGCAAAGAUUAGGGAAGAUCCGUUAUUUGCGAUCAAAAAGAAAGAACAAGAGGCAAUUAUUAAGCUCGCUAAUUCAAAAGGCACCUCGAGAUCCAACAGUGAGAAUUCUGCUAGAAGCGAUAUAAGCGAAUGGAGCUCAAGAUCAAGUCGGUCUAUUUCCACUCCACUUCGUGGAAAUAUUCAAAAAGAGAAAAAGGGGCACAAAACAUGGCCUAUGACCGAGGAAGAGAGGAAUGCUCGAUUGCUGGAGAUGAAGGAGGAUGCAAAAAAGCACAGGGUCUCGUGUUAG